AUGCCAGGCUUAGAGCUAUAUGAUGCCAAAGUAACAAUAAACCAUUGGCAACUACGUGAUUGUGUCAAACCAUGCUCUACUAAUCCGAAUAAACUAUACUAUAUCUUCGAUCAUUCAAUAAGAUCCUUGGACACUGCUAUGAGUAACGAUGUGCUUCUUAAAAAGCAACACUAUAAUUAUCACUAUCCUUCAUCUUCAAGGAAAUAUGACAAGAAAACAUCAUCAUUACUACGAAAAAAUAAUGGUUCUGUCGCUCCUUCCAAAAAAUUGGUUGAGUUUAAUUUCAAACCAAGAUGUUUUACUGAACUUAAUGGGUUGACUGUUUGUGGUGGUCUAAUUGGAUCUGAUGAUAGAGGUUUCCCAACAAAUUGGAACCGUUUAUCGGCACAUAAUGGUGAUAAUGAUAGUGUCGACCCCACAACAACUACUCGUCCUUACUUGUCUUCACCAGCAGACCCUAUCAAAUUAGCAUCUCAUGGUGCUUUAGCUGAUAGCACAAAUUAUAGUAACCCAAACAUAUGGAAAGGUAUAAUUAACGUUUAUAACGAACAUACAGGGAAAGCAAAAAGUCUAAUAUUAGGUCAAUUCAUUAACAAUUGUGUCACUUUGUUUAACACUUCAAACAAUAAUUACGAUUUAUAUACCUGUAAUAAUGAUGGUCACCUAUAUCAAUGUACUAUCAAUAAUCGUGGUGUGGAAUUAAUUAGAAGAUACUCAGAUUUGAAAUUCCCAUUGAAUAAUGCAAGUAUGUCUCAUGAUGGUCAAACCAUGGUGGUCUCGGGAGAUUCAAACAAAUUUGCAUUGUAUCAAAAGGAUCAACUAAAUAAUAAAUUCAGUCUUAAUGGUAAAGCAGCAUUAUCAUCGGGCAACGCUUUAAGUAAUUGGGGAAAUCAAGAAAUUGUAAAUCGAAUGCCGAGAUAUGAAAAUGUUAAUGACACUACUUUGGAUAAUAUGAAUGAUACUACUACCGUUAACAACAACAACACGACCAAUAAUAUCUUUGAUGCCCCAUCAGGCGAUCAUGGAUUUUAUAAUUGCUUUUCUGAAAACGAUAUGAAAUUUGCAACUCUAUUCCAAAACGGGAUUUGUUUAAUUUAUGAUGCCAGAUAUACUAAUUCUCCUUUGGCAACUAUUAAAUCAACAAGACCAAAUUCUCAUACGGGUGCGUUUAGAGUUUGUAGGUUUAGCUAUGGAUUAGAUGACUUAUUAUUCAUUUCCGAACAUCAAGGAAGGGUUCAUGUCGUUGAUACAAGAAAUUUUGAAAAUCAUCAAGUAAUCGUUAUACCUGAUAAAUUAAAUAUGGACGAUGACUUAAAUACAAAUACAACUCCAACACUAAGUAGUAAUUUCCUUAAUGGGGACCCCGUUAGUCUUAACCAAUAUCUUCAAAUACCAUCUGGGUCAGUGAAUAGGCAUGAUCUUCUUUCUAACAAUGUAUCCUCCAUAUCAAAUGCUUCGAGACAUUGCUAUGAUCGUUCAACUCGUAAUUCCACUUCAGAAAAUGAACCAUGGAUUACACCUGCUGGUUCUGUUCCAUUGGAAUGUUUAGAACCGCAGAUUUUCCCCUUCCCAAAGAUAAUUGAUAAGUUUUCAAAUCAUGAAUUGAAUCAAAUCGAUUAUAACACUAUAUCAUCACGUUUAGUUGACUCAAAUAAUAAUAAUUUUAUUGGCGGAGGUACUUCCCAAAUGAAUCAUGACAACGAAAUGGAUUUCCAACCCAGAGCAAGAAGACGUUCAUCAUUCCGAAUUAGAAGAGUGUCAACAUCAUCAAAUAGGUCAGAGGAAUCGGAAGAUAUUGAUCCAGUAAUAUCACAACAUCGUCGUCGUCACUUUAACCGUCAACAAUAUCUAAAUGCAUUAAAUUCUCAAGUUGUUGUAGAUGAAGAUGAAGACCAAGAUGGAGAAGAUAAUUCUAUGAAUACUACACGGCACACAAGGCACAACGUAACAGGAUUAUUGGAUGAUGAUGAUGAGGAAACUAAUAAUUAUGCGGUUUUUGAUAAUGAUGAUCUUUAUGACGCAUAUAAUGAUAUCAAUAGUACAAAUAUACCAAGGACAAGAAAUAAUGUCAUUUUGAAUUAUUCCAAUAAUGAUUAUACUGAAGAAAAUAAUAUAUCGGGUAUUGAUUGGGUACAAGACAAUAGUGGUAGUUCCUUAGUCAUUGGGACUGAUUAUGGUAUAAUGAAAUGGAAUAUUAAUUCUUGGGCAAGAAGAAGUUUCUCCAGUUAUGAAUUUUGUUAA